CGCGACGUCGGUCCCUGAUUGUUUUGGCUGGUGAUGUUUCAUAGCUUAGCCUAGAUCUCUUGCCCUCCCAGGCAGCCAUGGCCAUGGCUGGGGAGGAGCUCGACGGCAACCUCCGCGCCAUCCCCGCCACGGACGACCUGCCCACCCAGAUUGUGGACCGCUUCCGCAGCGCCUGGAAGAGCCACUUCACCAACUUCAGCCUCACCACCGACGCCGACGCCGAGAACGCGCCGGUGCGGUACUACGAGGCCAUCGCACGGCGGCUGGUUGGGGAGCAGGCCCACACGACGCUGCUGGUCAAGUGGGAGCACAUCAGCACGGAGGUGGGCAACUGGGAGGACCUGCAGGACGACCAUGAGAUCAUCGUGGCCGUGUUGAAACGACGCAAAUACGACAGGUGGGCCGGACGGGGUGAGGUGACGGGUGGAUGGAUGGCUUGAGUGGGUGUGUGAGGGUGUGGGUGUGUGGUUUGUCCCCUUGCAGCGUGUCGGGUCACAUCAAUGCGGCAGCGAUGGAGUAUCUGAAGGAGCAUGAGAAUCCCGACGAGAGAGGCAGGCACGGCAGCAUCACCACCCGGGCCAUCAACGCAGCCAUCCUCAACUUCGCCAAACCACAAACGUAUGGACCACCGUCCACACAACACACACAUAGACCAUCCAUCCCCCUCUUACUCUCCCUCUCCCUCUCCCCUCCCUCUGUCUGUGUGUGUGUGGCGGCCUGGUCUGCAGUGUGCGUCAGAUCCGGAUGAGCAUGUUGGGGCAGCUGCUGAUGGUGAGCGGGACGUGCACACGUGUGUCGGACAUCAAGACCGAGGUGGUGGAGGGGUCCUUCACCUGCGACGACUGCAACGCCGACGCCGGCAUGGUCCACCAGCAGUACAGAUUCACUAAGGUCAGUCAGACCCAACCCACCGACAUUCACACGACCAGACCAGGGAGGAGAGUGCGUGUGUGUGUGUGUGUGUGGGCAUGUGUGUGUGUGUAUCAGCCGCUUGUGUGUGAGAAUGUCAACUGUGGCAAUCGCGUGCGCUUCACCCUCAAUCCCAGGGGCAGCCUCUGCGUCGACUGGCAGAAAGUCCGGUAUGUAAGUCGGUGGAUGGGAUGGGAUGGGACGGGCGACGCCACGCCAUGCCCUGUCUGUCUGUGCACACUGUGUUUGUAUCUCAUGGAUGGGUGUGGUGUUUGUGUGCAGGGUUCAGGAGGAUGCCACAGAGGUGCCCCGCGGCUCGAUGCCCAGAGGCAUCGACGUCUUCCUCAGGUCUGUCACACACGCAUGCAUACACAUGAACUCAUUGCUGUGUGUACAUGUGCUCGCUGCGCUGCAGGGGGGACAUGACGGGCAUCGUCAGGCCAGGCGACCGGUGCCUCAUCACCGGCACCUUCAUCGUGCUGCCCGACGUGGCUGUGCUCAUGAAACAGACAGAAGUGCCAAGGGUACACACACACACACACACACACACUAACGAGAGAGAGAGAGAGAGAGAGAGGUCGCCAGCAUUCUCCAUCCAUCCAUCCAUCCACCCCAUCAGGCCGCCAGCCGAGAGCUGAACCGGCGCGCCACCACCGAGACCGGCUCCGCAGCAGACGCCAUCCACGGACUCAAAGAAAUCGGUAGGUACCAAACCAUCCCUCCACCCCCCGCCCACCAAAACGCCCCUCUCUCUGUGUGUCGUGGGUGCAUCUUCAGGUGUGCGCGAUCUGAAGUACGACCUGGGCUUCAUGGCGUCGCUGGUCUGCAAUGACGAGCGGACGGUGGACGCCAGUGGGCAGACCAGUGCUGACGUCAACGAGCUGUACGCACGACUCAACGCCGGCAGGGGCGCCCUGGCAGACAGGAGGGACCAGGAGGUGCGUAUGUCAGUCACCCACCCACAUACACCGCUCACACACUGGUUGAUGCGAGAAUGGGUGUGGUGUGUGUGUGGGGCUAUGGUUCUGGGGGUGUGUGGGGGGGUAUGUGUGUGUGUAGGAUCCUUUGGAGGGUGUGUCGGUGGAGAUGCAGGAGAAGAUCAGGGAGGUGGGGCGAGAUAAGGACUGCUUCGACCGCAUCGCCAAGUCCAUCGCACCGGCGGUACGCACACAUAUAUGUGAGAUGUGUGGAUGUGGUGUGUGGGUGUGCAUGUGUGUGCACGUGUGUCGAUCCCGUUGCCUCCAUCCAUCCAUGCAUCCAUCCAUCCAUCCGUCCGUGUGUGUGUAAUUAAUCAGGUGUACGGGCACCCCCACGUCAAGAAGGGCAUCCUGGUCAUGCUGGUGGGCGGGAUCGAGAAAUGCACCAAAAGCGGCAUGAAACUACGGUCAGCCAGGCAGCCACGCAACGCCACACCCCACACCCCGCACCCCGCACCCCACCGCACCCUCACUCUCCCCUUCUCCUCACCAUUCAUUCUUAUUCAUUGGCUCGGGUGCGUGUGCGUGUGCGUUUGUGUCCAUUCAUUCAUUCAUUCACCCCUUCAGUGGCGACAUCAACGUGUGUUUGGUGGGCGACCCCUCCACGGCCAAGAGCCAGUUCCUCAAGUGGGUCGCCGCUGAGCACACGCGGGCCGUGUACUCAUCUGGUAGGAGGAGAGGGAGAGGGAGAGGGGGAGGGGGAGGGGGAGGGGGGAGGGGACAAACGCCACACCCACAUGUCUAGGGACCCUGUCAACCCUAAUCAUCCCUCCUCUGGCUUGGCCUGGCUGUCCUUUUCAGGCAAGGCGUCCACUGCUGCAGGGCUUACGGCUUCUGUCCAUCGGUGGGGCGGGGGGUUGACAGCUGGCAAUCGCCAUCCAUCCAUCCAUCCAUCUGUGUGCGCGUCUGUGUGUGUGUGUGUGUGAUACGCACAGUGACAACGAUGCCGGGGACACGGUGAUCGAGCCGGGCGCCCUCAUGAUGGCCGACAACGGUAGCUGACGGCCUGUCGACACACACACAUACACACGCACCUCUGCGUGUGUAUUGGUUUGGUCAAUGCAAUAUAAUGCAUUCAGGCGUGUGUUGCAUCGACGAGUUUGACAAGAUGGACCCCAAGGACCAGGUGGCCAUCCACGAGGCGAUGGAGCAGCAGACCAUCACACUCUCAAAAGCGGGCAUACAAGUAGGGUAGGGUAGCCUCUCCCUCCGUCCCUCCCUCCCGCCACCGACACACCGCACAUGUCUGUCUGUUUCUCUCUCUGUGUGUGUGGGUGUGGGUGUGGUUGUAUACUAUAGGCCACGCUGAACGCGCGCACAUCGAUCCUGGCUGCUGCCAAUCCACUGCUGGGUCGUUACGACAUCCAGAAGCCGCUGCGUCGGAACGUCAACAUGACUGCGCCCAUCAUGUCAAGGUUUGACCUCUUCUACGUCAUCCAGGACCUCUGCGACGAGGAGAUCGACCGCAACAUCGCCGCACACAUAGUAACUACAGCAUAGACCACACCCACAGACACACACACACACGUGGUGGGGUGUCACCACUCUCUUUCUCUCUCUCUGUGUGUGGGUGUGUGGGUGGGUGGGUGGGUGCGUCAUAGGUGAAGAAUCGCAUGGCUGACGAGCGAGAGGAGGAGGGCGAGGACGGCGGCAACCACGGGGCCGAGUUCAGCACAGACUUCAUCAGGAAGUACAUCAGGUAGGUACCCACCACACGCACACCCCCACCUUCCCCCACUCACCACCCACACACAUCCGCCGCUAUCCUAUCCGCUGGUCGUCUGUGUGCUGUGGUGUGGUGUGGUGUGUAGGUAUUCGCGUAGCAAGCAGCCGGUGCUGAGCGAGAGGGCCCAGACGCUGCUCAAGAAAUACUACAUGGAACUCAGACAGGGACAGGUCGGCACAAAAUCAAUCAAUGGAUGGAUGGAUGCAUGGAUGGAGGGUUCCCUUCCGUGGAUGGUUGAUUGGUUGGCUGUCAGGCUAGCGGUAGCUCGGGCAUCGCCGUCACGCCCCGGCAGCUGGAGUCACUCGUGCGCUGCUCAGGUGGGUGAUUGAGGGGGUGGGGUGGGUGGUGUCUAUGCGGCCCGGCCCUAUGCACCCCUCUCUCUCUCUCUCUCUCUCUCCCUCUCUUUCCUUCCUGGCUGGCUGAUGUGGUUUGGCUGGUCAGAGGCGGUGGCCCGCAUUCAUCUGUCGGACUGGGUGUUGACGCAGCACGUCACCAAGGCAUACAGAAUGAUCAGGUAAUGACGGGGAUACGGACACUCCCACACCCACACUACGGACACUCCCACACCCACACACCCGCUCCGACACACACAUACACGCCCUCGUGUCUGCCUUCGCUGGCCGGCUGGCCCGUCAGGGAUUCGUUGGUUCGCGUUGAGCAGGCGGACAUCGACUUGGGCGAGUUUGACGAGGAAGAUGAAGAGGAGGAGGAAGCACGUCAGUCAGCACAUCCAUCCACGCAUCCAUCCAUCCAUAGGAUAUGGAGCACCGUCCUUUGCCCCCUCCUCUGUCUGCCAUUCCUUCAUUCCUUCGUGCAGCUGAUCAGUUUGCCGGUGACGGUGGUGGGGAUGGUGGGGAUGGCGGCGAGGGUGGCGAGGGCGGCGAGGGUGGGGGCAGGGGCGGGGGAGCUGGUGGUGCUGCGGCCCGCCCACCACCCGCACCCAAGCGCACGGUCAGUCAGUCAGUCAGUCACCACACCAACCACGGCAGACAGACAACUGACCUCACUGUGUGCUGUCGUUGGUGUGGUGCAUUGAAUGCGAUGGAUGGAUGGAUGCAGUACAAGAUAGGGACGAAAGACUUUAACGUGAUCGGUCAGCGGAUGGCCAUCUUGUGCGACGAAGAGGAGCAGCACGACAGAUACGUCACGAGGCAACAACUCAUAGACUGGUAUGUGUGUAUGGUGCGCUCGGCCACUCUCUCUUUCGCUGGGCUCCUUCUGUCUGUCUGUAUGUGUGUCUUGAUGUGUUGUGUGUAUGCGUCAGGUACCUGGACGAGUACAUCGUUCGCGAGAGACCCAACAUCGCUGACGUGAGUGAGAGAAUAAGGGAGGGAGGGAGGGAGGGAGGGAGACGUACGUGGCUCUUUGUGUGUCUAUCCAUCCAUCCAUCCAUGUGUGUGUGCGCGCGUGUGUGUGUGUAGAAUGAGAACGAGCUGCGCGACGAACAGCGCAAGCUGACAAUGAUCAUCAAGAGGCUCGUCCAGAAGGAGGUCCUCACGACGCAAGAGGUGAGGAAAGACACAGACAGACAGACAGACACACAGACAGACGGACGGAGUGACGGAGUGACAGAGUGACGGACACCCGUUUUUACACGGUACAUGCAUGGUUCACUCAGGAGCAAGGUGAGCUGUGUGUGUUGCGGCACCCCCACUACAACCCGCACGACAUCCCCUUCCCAGACGAGGAACACGACAGGGGCAGACGCUCACGUAUAUACGCCAGCCAGCUACACAGACACCACACUACACCACACCACACUACACCAUACACCCAUACAGACAAGACAGACGGACACACAUGGGUGUGGUGUGGUGUGUGUCUCCUGCAUGUGUCGAAUGAAUGAACCCCAUUUGUGGUCAGACACCCAAGACGAGGAUCAGGAAAUGCCCGAUGCCAGCAACGAACAGCAGCAGCAGCAGCAGCAGCAAACCCAGACCCUCCCUGCAACGGAACCUGCCUCUGCCACCCAGCCGCAGCAGUCGCCGGCCGGGGCAGGUGCUGCGGGUGCUGCGGGUGGUGGUGGUGGUGUCGGUGUGGAGGGGGAUGGCGACGCAGACAUGACGGCACCCGACAAUUAGAUAGAACAGGUGUGGCUGUCUGUCUGUCGACG